AUCUAAACUAUAAAAUGUUCCAAUUUAAUCCAGAGGGGAAAAGGUGUAUGCGCCGCACCUGUGUCAAACUGGAGAGAACCCUAGAAACCAAACUCUCUGCUCUUCAUACUCUGCCUCCCUAAGGCUGAGACCAUUGUCGCUACAAUCAUGGCGGAUGUCAUGGUAAUGAAGGAGAUCGAAGACACAGCACUGCGUCUGGACGUGGAUCUCUCCACUCUUGAUCUCGACUCCAUUCGUCUUCCUCCCGGUGAAACUUGUGGAAUUGUCAGUGAUGACGAGGAAGUUUACCAGGAAGAUAAUCUCGAGUUCGAGUCGGGAUUUGGUAACAUCAUUGUCGUCGACAACCUCCCUGUCGUUCCGAAGGAGAAGUUUGAAAAGCUUGAAGGAGUGGUUCGUAAAAUUUAUAGUCAGAUUGGUGUUAUCAAAGAGGAUGGCCUCUGGAUGCCGGUUGAUCCUGAAACUGAUAAAACCCUAGGGUACUGCUUCAUUGAGUACAAUACUCCUCAGGAAGCAGAGCUUGCUAAAGAGAAGACUCACGGAUACAAAUUGGAUCGUGCACAUAUUUUUUGCGUGAGCAUGUUUGAUGAUUUCGAUAAGUUUAUGAAGGUGCCCAACGAAUGGGCUCCGCCGGAAACUAAGCCGUAUGCUCCAGGGGAAAAUCUUCAACACUGGCUCACUGAUGCAAAGGCCAGGGACCAGUUUGUGAUUCGUGCUGGUUCAGAUACUGAGGUUUUGUGGAAUGAUGCAAGGCAUUUGAAGCCUGAUCCUGUUUAUAAGCGUGCUUUUUGGACCGAAAGUUUUGUCCAAUGGUCUCCUCUGGGGACAUACUUGGCCACUGUUCACAGACAGGGGGCAGCUGUAUGGGGGGGUUCUUCAAGCUUUAACAGGCUUAUGAGAUAUGCACAUCCUCAGGUAAAACUUAUUGAUUUUUCACCUGGUGAAAAGUAUCUGGUAACUUACAGUAGCCAUGAACCAAGCAAUCCUCGAGAUGCCAAUAGGGUUGUGAUUAAUAUAUUUGAUGUGAGAACUGGCAAAGUGAUGAGGGACUUUAAAGGUAGUGCCGAUGAUUUUGCUGUUGGAGGGGCUGGGGGUGUCACAGGAGUUUCAUGGCCUGUUUUCAAAUGGAGUGGUGGAAGAGAUGAUAAAUACUUUGCAAGGAUGGGAAAAAAUGUGCUCUCUGUGUAUGAGACGGAGACAUUUUCUCUUGUUGACAAGAAGUCCCUGAAGGUUGAAAAUAUAAUGGAUUUCUGCUGGUCUCCAACUGAUCCAAUUAUUGCUCUCUUUGUUCCUGAGAUGGGGGGUGGUAACCAGCCUGCGAGGGUAAGUCUGAUCCAAAUCCCCAGCAAGGAAGAACUCAGGCAGAAAAACCUUUUCAGUGUCAGUGACUGCAAGAUCUAUUGGCAAAGCAAUGGAGACUACCUUGCUGUUAAUGUUGAACGCUAUACGAAAACAAAAAAAAGCACAUACACAGGCUUUGAGCUUUUUCGUAUAAAAGAGCGAGACAUACCUAUUGAAGUGUUGGAGCUUGAGAAUAAGAAUGAUAAGAUCAUUGCAUUUGCUUGGGAGCCAAAAGGCCAUAGGUUUGCGGUUAUUCAUGGUGAUAACCCUAAACCUGAUGUAAGUAUUUACUCCAUGCGUACUGGUCAGAAUAGCCGAGUUUCAAAGCUCACUACUCUGAAAGGCAAGCAAGCAAAUGCUCUGUUUUGGUCACCUGCUGGUCGCUACAUUGUACUGGCUGGGCUGAAAGGAUUCAAUGGGCAGUUAGAAUUUUACAAUGUUGAUGAACUUGAAACCAUGGCUACUGCUGAACAUUUUAUGGCAACAGAUAUUGAAUGGGAUCCAACUGGAAGGUAUGUUGCAACUGCCGUGACAUCAGUUCAUGAAAUGGAAAAUGGUUUCAAUAUAUGGUCUUUCAAUGGCAAGCAUCUAUAUCGGAUUCUGAAGGAUCACUUCUUUCAGUUCUUGUGGAGACCAAGGCCACCUUCUUUCUUGAGCCCUGAGAAAGAGGAAGAGAUUGCCAAGAACUUGAAGAAGUACAGCAAGAAAUAUGAGGCAGAAGAUCAAGAUGUUUCGCUGCUGCUGAGUGAACAAGAACGUGAGAAGAGAAGAAUGUUGAAGGAAGAUUGGGACAAGUGGGUCAAUGAAUGGAAGCGAAUCCACGAAGAAGAGAGCUUACAUCGACAGAAGCUCAGGGAUGGGGAAGCCAGUGAUGAAGAGGAAGAAUACGAGGCAAAGGACAUUGAAGUUGAGGAAGUCAUUGACGUAAAAGAAGAGGUCCUUCAUAUUGAGUACGGUCAAGAGUGAGUUUUAUAGCUUGACUUGGACCAGAACAUUUUAUUCUCUUUGUCGAGGUUUAGUUGGGCAUUUGUGAAAACCCAUUUUUGUAGUCUUUCAUUAGUUUUUUUAAUGUAGAAAGAAUUCCUUUUACUUCCAAAUUUAUGUGAAAGACAAUUUUACUGCC